AGGAACAACAAACCUUCAGGUUUAGAGAUCUAAAUCAAACCCUUAUUUUAAUACCCAACACAAAUUUAAUUCAUUUUUUUUAAUUUUCUUUUUUGGUGUUGCCACCUUCACUUUGAGCUCUCGGGUCUGGCUUAGGAGAGGUGUAAAUUUUAACUCUGUUCUGUGACUGGAGCUGAUGGGAACUGCAGCAGGAGGGUCAGAUGGUGCCUUUCCUCCCCGUGUUUGCUCUCUGGCAUUCAGCUGACAGCUCCAGCCAGCACUGAGCCAGCCCCGGAGGCUGCGAGUCCCCCUGGCUCCAGCUGGGCUGUUUGUUCUCUGCUGGGCACCAAGCCGGGGAGAAAAGCAGCGUUUUCCUGCCUGUUUUAAAUUUCUCCACUCUGCUGGACGUUUUGUCUUGCUUGGGAAGCAGCAGAGCCACGGGAAGGGUGACAAAGGGAGCAGGGGCCAAGGGGACGGAAGAGGAGGAGGAGAAGGAGAGCAUCAGAGGAAGGCAGGGGCCCCACAACAUCCCAGCAGGGAAAGCCAGCCCAGAGCGAGCCUUGCUGGUGGAGAUGUCCUACAUGAGCCGUGCCUGGCGGGCAGCAGCCCCCUGGAGAAGUCCCCGGCCCUUCAGCAGCUCCUCGGGCCCCACGGCCAAGAAGAGCGUCCCGUACCAGAGGACGCUGCAGGCCGAGGGUCCCUGCGAGCCCAGCCGGCCCCCGCCAGCCUCGGCACAGGUGGUGGUGGUGGGUGGGGGCAGCCUGGGCUGCCAGACCACCUAUCACCUGGCCAAAAUGGGGCUCAGGGACGUGGUGCUGCUGGAGAGGGACCGCCUGACGUCGGGCACCACCUGGCACACGGCAGGUCUCCUGUGGCAGCUGCGUCCCAGCGAUGUGGAAGUGGAGCUGCUGGCACACACCAGGGAUGUGGUGAGCCGGGAUCUGCCGGCCGAGACCGGGCUGCACACGGGCUGGCUGGAGAACGGGGGGCUCUUCAUCGCCUCCAACAAGCAGCGCCUGGAUGAGUACAAAAGGCUCAUGUCGCUGGGGAAGGUGUAUGGUGUGGAGUCCCACGUGCUGACCCCGUCACAGACCAAGGACCUGUACCCUCUGAUGAACAUUGAUGACCUCUAUGGCACCCUGUAUGUCCCCAAGGAUGGCACCAUGGACCCCGCUGGCACCUGCUCCACCCUCGCCAGAGCAGCAACUGCCAGAGGUGCUACGAUCAUCGAGAACUGCCCAGUCACGGGCAUCCAGGUGAGAACUGAUGAUUUUGGGGUGAAGAAGGUGCAUGCAGUGGAGACAGCCCACGGGACCAUCCAGACCCCCUGUGUGGUGAACUGUGCAGGAGUGUGGGCACAAGCCCUGGGCCGGCUGGCAGGCGUGCACGUGCCGCUGGUGGCCAUGCACCACGCCUACGUGGUAACCGAGCGCAUCGAGGGCAUCCAGAACAUGCCAAACGUUCGUGAUCACGACGCCUCGGUCUAUCUCCGUCUCCAAGGCGAUGCCCUUUCCGUGGGUGGAUAUGAGUCAAACCCCAUCUUCUGGGAGGAGGUAUCUGAAAAAUUUGCUUUUGGCCUCUUUGACCUGGACUGGGAUGUUUUCAUGCAGCACAUCGAGGGUGCUGUCAACAGAGUGCCAGUUCUGGAGAAAACAGGAAUUAAAUCCACCGUCUGUGGGCCAGAGUCAUUCACAGCCGACCACAAACCACUCAUGGGAGAAGCUCCGGAAGUCCGAGGGUUCUUCCUCGGCUGCGGCUUCAACAGCGCUGGGAUGAUGCUGGGAGGUGGCUGCGGCAGGGAAUUGGCUCACUGGAUCAUCCACGGCCGGCCGGAGAAGGACAUGUACGGCUACGACAUCAGGAGGUUCCACCACUCCCUGACCGACAACAACCGCUGGAUCAAGGAGCGCAGCCACGAGUCCUACGCCAAGAACUAUUCCGUCGUCUUCCCCCACGAUGAGCCCCUGGCAGGACGAAAUGUGAGGAAGGACCCCCUGCACGAGGAGCUGCUGCGACAGGGCUGUGUUUUCCAGGAGAGACAUGGCUGGGAGAGACCCGGCUGGUUCAGCCCUGGGGGAGCAGCCCCGGUCCUGGAUUACGAUUAUUACGGUGCCUACGGCCACGAGCGCCACAGGGACUACACCUACAACCGCCUGCUCGGGGACGAGUACACCUUCGACUUCCCCCCUCACCACCACAUCAUCAGGAAUGAAUGUUUAACGUGCAGGAACGCCCUGGCUCUCUUUGACAUGUCUUAUUUUGGGAAAUUCUACCUGGUUGGACCUGAUGCUACAAAAGCAGCAGACUGGCUCUUCAGUGCUGAUGUGAGCAAGGCUCCAGGCUCCACCGUGUACACCUGCAUGCUGAACCAGCAGGGUGGUGUGGAGAGCGACCUGACCGUCAGCAGGAUCAGUCCUGGGGCCCAGGGCUCGCCCCUGGCCCCUGCUUUUGAAGGGGAUGGAUACUACCUGGCCAUCGGUGGGGCUGUGGCUCAGCACAACUGGUCCCACAUCACCACCGUGCUGCAGGACAUGAAAUUCCAGUGCAAACUCCUCGACUGCUCAGAGGAGCUGGGCAUGAUGAGCAUCCAGGGCCCUCUGAGCCGUGCUGUCCUCCAAGAAGUGCUUGACACUGACCUCAGCAAUGAGGCCUUCCCCUUCUCCACACACAAGAUCACCACGGCUGCAGGAUGCAAGGUUCGUGCCAUGAGGCUGUCGUUCGUGGGUGAGAUGGGCUGGGAGCUGCACGUGCCCAGGGCUGACUGUGUCAAGGUUUACCAGGCAGUGAUGCAGGCAGGAGCCCGGCACGGCAUCGCCAACGCCGGCUACAGAGCCAUCGACAGCCUCAGCAUCGAGAAAGGCUACAGGCACUGGCACGCUGACCUGCGCCCCGAUGACACCCCGCUAGAAGCAGGUCUGGCCUUCACCUGCAAGCUCAAGUCCAGCAUCCCCUUCCUGGGCCGGGAGGCUGUGGAGGCUCAGAAAGCCAAGGGCAUCUUCCGCCGCCUGGUGUGCUUUACCACAGAGGAGAAGGUGCCCAUGUUCGGCCUGGAGGCGGUCUGGAGGGACGGCAAGGUGGUGGGCCACAUCCGCCGGGCAGAUUUUGGAUUUGCCAUUGACAAAACCAUCGCCUACGGCUACAUCCGUGACCCUGCGGGGGGCCCGGUUUCCCUGGAUUUUGUGAAGAGUGGCAGCUACGAGCUGGAGCGGAUGGGAGUGACCUUCCCAGCCCAGGCUCACACCAAGUCCCCGUUCGACCCCGACAACAAACGUGUGAAGGGCUUUUACUGAGCGGCUGCUGAGAGGGAGAGGAGCUGCUGCCUGAAUUCCUGCCCCCAUGGGCCCAGCUGGGGUCAGCUGCCACAGCAACUGCUCUGCCUGGAACUUGGCAAGUCAGUGUGGGUCGAAUUAGAGAGGAGGAAGAGAUCCCAAAAAGUCCAAAGACUCUGAUGCUCUAUUUCCCAAGCGAAGCGGUGCCACUGCAGCAAUAAUUGUUUACCAUGGGUUAAUUGGCCUGCAAACAGUGUUUGGUCUCACUGUAUAUGAAAUGACUUUGCUGGAAACUCUUUCCCCCCAAAUGUAGUUCUAUGCUGCCUGGAAAUGAAUUUUUUUUUAAGCUAGGUGUGCUGUUAAUACAGCUGGAGCCUCCAAACCUGCUGUUCCUCUGGUCCCUUGCUGCGUCUGUCCCCACUCCCAUGGGGGUCACCUCGUCCUGGCUGUGCCCUGGGGACUGCUGGGGACUCUACUGGGGUGGGGACAGAGGAGGGAAGGGGCAGGAGUUCAGGGUCAUUGCCCAGGCUCACGCUGUGGGUUCUCCUCUGCUGUUUGUGAUUGUGUGUCAGGAUCAUGGAGUGGUUUGUUUUGGAAGGGACUUUAAAUCCCAUCUCAUUCCAUGGGUCCCAUGGGCAGGGACACCUUCCACUAUCCCAGUUUGCUCCAAUCCCCAUCCAGUCUGGCCUUGGACACGUCCAGGGAUGGGGCAGCCAGGGUUUUUCUGGGCUGCUGGUGGCACAGGCUGUGGUGUUUGGUGGCCAGCAGGAACACUGUCCCCACAGCCACCCUUGGCCCCAUCUGCUGGCAGCUCCCUGGUCCCUUGUGGCAUCUUCCCCAAAGGUCACCUUGGAGGUGGCUCCUUUUAGCUCCUGACAGAGGGGGGGAUGAUGGCAGAGAGCUCUGCAGCCUCUGGCAGCUCAGAGCCAGCCUUGGGGGCAGCAGGGAGGGUUUGCCCUCCCACACACACAGUGUGCACUGAAGGGAAGGAUCAGCAACUCCCCAUCACUAUUCCUUGCUCUGGUCCCCUGGCCAGGCUCUCUGCUGAAGCUUUCACCCGCCUGAAGAAAUAAUCUCACUCUCUGCUCUUCCCCUUUUUUCCCCUGAUUAGGUUUGCUUGGGUCAAACCCUCUUUAGAGCUGAUUUCAAUUCCUUGCCCUCGUGCCACGAGCGCCAUGGGCAAGAGAGUGAACUCUGAAAUGCUUUGGUUUUACUGAAAACAUUAAAAAACUAGAUUGAGAUGAA